UCCGGAAUAAACAAAAUGGCAGACAACUAAACAUAUUGAAGUGUAGUUGAUUUUAUAAGUUGCGAGUAUUUGAUUGCAGAAAAUACUAAUACAUCUAUACACUUCGGUGCUUUGCUAGUUCUAGCCUUAAAGUGGUCUAGUUUUUGUUAUGCACCGAACUGUUUUCAACAGUAGAAGUCUUGUAUUUACCGUCAAAUCUUUAUUUUCAGUCAUACCUUCCAUUGACCCGUAAAUCUUGUCCGAUUUCGCGGUGAUAAAGCCUUUCUUUUCAUGCUUUUCAAAAACCCGUAAAGGGAUGUUCUGUCAUAGACCAUGAGAUUAGAACUCGGGGCGUUGCUGUAAGUUUCCUGAUGUGACACCACAACGUAACAUGCUUGUAACCUUGUCUGGAUUCCUUAUGGGGGGUUCAUGUGUAGUACUAUACAAUUAAGUCCCCGUGAGUAGUUGGUCGCGAUAGUUAUAAAAAACAACAAACCACUCGCCAUGCCCAAAUCUCCCAUACUGGUGUCCAGACAAGCCAUCAAGAGGUCGCUGAAAACUAAGCUCAAGCUGAUCAGUACUGAGAACAAAAUCCUCAUCGAGACCAUCAAUGGAUAUGUUCAAAACGCGGAGAAGAUGUACUCCAGGCUUGAGGCAGCCUCAGAGAUCACACCUCGGCAGUUCACCAAGGCCAUGGAGAAGCUGGAGACGGCCUAUUCUGCUUGUGUCAAGUUGAUCCUUAUGGCCACAGAGCUCUUUGACCAAGACGACAAAUCAGAAUCAAGCAGCGAAGCCUCGACGAAAGAGUCCAGCACCGCGGCAACGGGUUCGACGGCUGAAACUGUUAGUUCUACCCCACCGGACGCACGUCCCACGCCCGCUGAAAGAGAAACCUGCCGCAGGUUGCGAAAACUGGAGCUCAGGUUUCACGAUUAUGUCGCCAGGAAGGAAAAGGCCAGCCAACAACUACUAGAAAGUCCGCCCGAAUCAGAGGAGCCUGUUACGUUCAAAGAGUUGACCAUUUCACCCAAGCGAUUCGACCCGUUAGUAAGGCCGGACAUAAGUGGCGAUCUUGAUAACUUUAUCGAAUUCCAGAGAUUCCUCUACGGCCUUGGCAAAGGAGAAACGCACGCGGAUGAUUUUAUUUCCCCGCUAGCCACAGAGAAGCAACAGCAGCAUCAACAACAUCAACAACAGCAGCAUCAACAGCAUCAGCAGCAGCAUCAGCAGCAUCAAGACCUGCAGACCCACACCGCUGCGGGCAGGCUUGUAGCUGACCACGGCAGGCCGAAGACUGGCAAAGACAACCAGGAGAAAGUUAACUUCGCGCUGACCGAGCUGAACCGUCCCGUCAUCACGGACCAAGCUCACCCCGCCAACCUACAGAACAGCAUCAUCAAAAAGUUAGACAACCUGGAGAAGGCGAUACAGAACCUCAACAAGUGCUCACCCGUACGUGAGCAGGUCUCCGGCUUGAUGGAUGACGACCCCCACGGGCAGGCCAGGUACAGACCAGAAACCAACGUCACUUUUAAACGCUCCUUAGAAAGAUGCGAAAAUAAGUUCCACGGCUGUUCAGGGGAUGCGUUCGGGAUAGUGAAACAGACGAAGAAAAUGCUGGACUGCACACAGAAAUACGACGAUCUCGACAUGCCGUCGCCGGUGUUUUCUGCGCCACAGAAAAACUACGUGGUGCGCAGCGCGUGGGAGAUGGAGAAACCCAACAUCGGUCAGAGAAGUUCUUUCUCGGACUGCGGCGCCAAAGGCGGGCGCGACGUCUCGGCGCAGAACUCGGACUCGACGGCCCACUCCAAGCAGCACUGCUCGUGCCCGUGCCAGUGUGUGUCCAGUCAGAUGCAGGUGGACUCCUCCAAGAAGUAUCUCAGCUUCAACAACACGCAACCCAAGCGCACGACCUUCCAAACCAAGCGACACAGCAGCGAUGAGUGUCCCUGCGAUAAGUUUAAAAACCCACCAAAGCUGAUUGAUUCCGAGGAGCGAGUUUUUGAGCAGGAGGAAAUGGUCAAGAAAAUUAUUGAGAUGGUCAACUCCCAGCUUCUUCCCAAUUUUCGGACGGCUAGAUCUCUGUCUAGACCGGAAUCUCCGAUGUUUUUUCAAGACGACGAACCAGCGCCCGUGAUUGUAUCUAGACGCCCGCCCAAAAAACCCCGGUCUUUCUCGGCGCCCUCUUACAGAAAGCCGGAAAACGGUAACAGUGGGGUGACGGGCGAGGGAAACGUGGAGGAGGCUAAGCCGAGGUCAAACGACGUCGCCCCCGAUGACAACACCAGGCUCCAGCAGAAGAUCAUCAGCCUGGCGUCCGAGUUGUUCCAGAGCGUGGCCAGCGAGCAGAUCGAGCAGAUGCUGAAGCAGCAGAAACCUCAGCAGGACACGCGGGGCAAGCCGCCGCAGCCUCCCCACCUCAAGAUCCAGCACCAGCUGCAGGAGCUGCGCUGUUCUCUGGACGACAUCCAGCAGGCACAGAACGCCAUGGACGUCCAGGCCGAUUACACCCCUACCGCUGAAGCGCCGAUAGUCCAGCAUCUAAAACACCCGCUCCCAUUCAGUUCACCGUUAGACUGCAGCCGCGCUAAACCUCCAGCACGGUUUAAGGAAGAAAAAUACGGGCAGCAGCUUGAACCGUUGACGAUAGAAAUCCACGAUUACCAGUGCUACCCUGGCGGGGUGUACACGCAGAAAGAUUUCCAGGCCGACCAGGAGAAGAGCCAGAUUCGCCAACACGCCAAGUUCCAGAUGCAGCAACAGCGUCAGCAGCAGAAGCAGCAGCUGCAGGUUCCGCAGAGGGCCCAGCCCGGACAUGACAUCAGCGCCGAGACGUGCUCCACGUUUCAGGAGACACACAUCUCCGACCCGACGUUCUACGACGUCGAGAGAAAAUCGUCGAACCUCGGCCUGGGCGAGGAGGCUAAAGACGACACGAAAAACAACGAAGGCUACAGCAGGCACGUGCGGUUUUUGUACAUCCCAAAGCGCGGCGACAACGGCGCGCAGGAGCAUGCGCAGACCGCGGAAAAGAAUAACAAGCUCCAGCUCUCCCCGCCUCAAAGUCCGACUUUCUGGACCAGUCGGUCGGAGAGCGCAAGAGCGAAGAGCUCGGCCCAGUUUAAAACGCCGAACUCUCAGACUGAAAUGGGGCCCGUUUUCGCCGAGACCGCUGUCAGUCAAGGAUACCACAUACCCAUGCCAGAAAACGAGACGAAUCCUAAGCCAUUUCUAGAUUCUACAAACAGCUACGUCGAUCAGGAUGCCAAAGAAUACACUCAACACUACCCCGAUGACAAGGCCGACAUAGAGAUGUCCCAAAACCAGGUGGAAGGGAAAAGGCAAAGAAAAGGAGGGGAGGUCAAGACAAUCUGCAUCUCAAAUCUCCCACUGGACCUGGAGGAGAUCAAACUUCUCUACCUGCUCAAACCACACGGUCACGUGACCAAAAUCUACUUCAUUAAGCACAGGAGCACGGGUGCCUUCCAGGGAAUCGCCUACGUGAAGUUUUCAAAGGAGGACGACGCAUGCGCCGCGGCAAAAGCUCUGCACAAAAUGAACAUUGAUGGGCACAUAGUCAGCGCUAGAAUACACAACCAAGGGAAGUAAGCUGAAAAUGAAUGGGAGACAAAUCUAUAGUCAUUUCCCUCACAAUACUAGUGUUUUAAAUUUAUUUUGAACACAUUGUAAUAAUCUGAUUUCGAUACACACACAUUUCUAAAGAGCAAACAGACGUUUUUUU